UCCUGAUCAACGUCCACCACAUCUCCCAAUUCCAACAUGACAACCGCUUCAUCCCCAGACGGGAUUCCUCCCCGCACCUCGAGCCCAGGCCCAGAUCACGACAACUCCCUCCCAUCCGAACCCGCAACCACCUCAGCAACCGCAACGGCCCCAGCAUACUCACCCAUCUACGCCGCCGCGCAAGCCAGCGAUCUCCCACCACAAACCGGCUCCUCAUCAUCCUCACCAUUAGCUACAUCUACAUCUCCAUCCACCCUCCCCGCUCCAACAACCACCACCAUCACCACCAAUCCCCCAUCUACCACCUCCCCUCCACCACCCCAACCCGGCGCCCACCCAGUCCCUCCUCCUACCUCUACCUCCACCACAAACCCAGCUCCAACAUCCACCACAUCCUCUAUCCCUCCACCCCCGAAAGCAGGCGACAUACCCGCACCACAUCCUACAAUCACUCAUCCCCCUGUCCCUCAACCCACCUCCCCGGAAAACCCCCCCAACCCAACCCCCACCUACGGCACCUACGGCAGCUACGGCACCUAUGGCAGUUAUGACCCAACCCCAAACUCCACAACAACCCCCUACUCAACCCUCUACCAGCCCCCUACCACCACCGCCGCCACCACUGGUAUCAGUCCUAAUCCUGGCAUCGCAGGCCACGGACAACUACCAUACUAUGAACCCGGUUCCUCAGGACAAGUGGCGGUAGAUGAGGAUGAAGGGGAGGGAUGGGUCGCUGGGGCGAAGGGGUGGUUGAGAUCGGCGGGGAGGAAGUUAGGGGAGGUGGAGGCUGAGGUGUGGAGGAGGAUUAAUGAGGUUCAUGAUCGGUGAAUUUGUUUCAUCUUUCAUUAUCUUGAGUGGGGUUUGGUG